ACCCCAUCCCAAAGGAAAGAGCUAAAACGGAAAAUGAGUCCAUGCUAACGCCGUCAAAUCUCCUGCAUAAUUUUUUGAAAAUUCCCACUACCCCGCUCUGCUCUCUCUUAACGGCCUUUUUUUUUUUUUGGCGAACUCUCUCGUUUUUCUAUUUUUGCUCUCUCCCUUUCAUAAUCUUCUGAUGGUGAAUCUAUAAGCACAAAAUCAGAAAAAAAUAUGGCAAUGGAGACGGUCUACGAAGAGUUAGAUGAAGUAAAAGUUGAGAACGAGAAGCUAAAGGCAGAUUUGAAAAGCAAAUCCGAGUUAUGUGAACAUUUGAAGAAAAUCCAGAAUGAGCUGUUAACAAAUAUCCAAGAAGCGAGUUCAAAAAUUGGGAAGCAGGCGGAACGAAUUCUCGAAAAAGAAGAAGAAAUCUCGGUGGCGAAGCGAGCGAUUGAAGAUCUUAAACACAGUCUGUAUGACAAAGAAAUGAUUGUCAAGCAUUUGAAUGGUGCAAAUAAUAAGCUAAGAGUUGAGCGCGAUGAGAAGAAUCAGAAAUGGGAGCAGGAAAAUGGACUGAUGGUAUUAGCUUUAGAUGAAGCAAAUGAGAAGAAUGUAGAUCUAGAGAAGACAAUUAAUGUGCUAAGGGCAGAGAUUAAAGGUAUAAAAGCUCACCUCUCGGUGUCACAGAAUAAGUGUUUGGAAGCAAUGAAAAAGGCCGAAAACACGAAGGAGAUGAGAGAAAGAGAUGAUUUGUUGGAUGAGGUAGAAAAAGGCAGGAGGAAGGUUGAAGAUGAGUUAAAAUGGAAGAAGGAACAGUUCAAAUACCUAGAAGAAGCUCAUGAAAAGCUUUUAGACCAGUUCAAGGUGAGUAAGCUUGAGUGGGAGCAAGAAAAAUCUGCAUUGCUUGAUGAGGUUUCUUUGCUGAAAACAAGAUUGGAUUCUCAGAUCUGGCUUACGGAAGAUCUUGAAAACCGUUUGAAAAUGUGCAACCAAGUUUUGGCUCAUGAAGAAACUCGAAGAAAGUACCUGGAAGCUGAAAUUUCAGAGCUCAAAAUGCGGUUUGGAAAUAUUUUUUCUGAAUUCCAGGACGCAAAGUCACGAUUAGACUGCUUGAAUUUGCAAAGGGAAAACGAAGUUGCGACUCAGAGACAUUUAUUGGGAACCAAGGAAUCGUUAAUGGAAGAAAAUUUUAAUAGCUCAUUGAAUUCCUUUUCCUCAGAGCUAGAAAUUGAAGAGAAAAAAAUUAAUGAUUGAGGAGUUGGAGGAUGACAUUCCUAGUAUCCAGGAGAAACUGUUAUUGCAAGAAAAGUCCCUCUCUGGUUGUAACAAGCUAGUAUUGACUGUUGAAGCUGAACUUAAAGCAAAGAAUAUAGAAAUGAAGAAUUUAAUUGAUCAGAUGGAGGCGAGGCUGAGAAAAUCAGAGGAUUUGGUUAAUGAUCUCAAGAGUGAAAAGACGAAUUUGCUUGAAGAUAUCAUGAAGUUGUCAAUGGAUAGGGAAAUUUUGAUUAGAUUCGUUGGGGGCAUAGGUGACAGGAUCACUGAGUUAUUCAGGGGAGAAGCACAGCUAAUGGGAUUCUUGGAAAGGAUAGUGCAGGCUUUUGACAAUAACCAUUCAGAUUUUAAAGGCAGUGAUGAACUCUUUGACUCACUAAAAGCGAACAAGACUAGUCUUCUUCUUUCAUUAGAAGAAGAAGAGCACAAAACAAGAGAAGUAGAAGCAGUUAGCUGUGCAAAUCAGAAUAUACAGGAGAAACUGCUAUCACAAGAAAAGUUCCUGUCUGAUUCAAAACAUCUAGCAUUGAUUGUUGAAGAUGAAAUGGAAGCAAAGCAACUGGAAAUGAAGAACUUGAUUGCUUUGAUUGAUGAGUUUAAGAGUGAAAAGAUAAAUAUGCUUGAAGACAUCAUGAAGUUGACAACGGAUAGGGAAAUUUUACAUUGAGGGUCUAUGCGAUAGGAUCAGCAAGUUCUCCGCUGAAGAUGCAGAGAUGGUGAGACUCUUGGGAAGGAUAGUGCAUUCACUUGACAGUGACGAACUCUUUGAUUCUCUAAAAGAGAACAAGAAUAGUCUUCUUUUUUCUCCAGCAACCAAUAAACAACAUUUGGUUAUUGAAGAAAGAUCACCAUUAACACAGCUCAACUAACUGCAGCUUAAGUAAGAAGGUAUUGGUUUUCUUUUCCAUUUCUUCCUAUUCGCUAUGUUUUCUGGAACAAUCCACUUGUGACAGAUUCAUGCAUGAAUUAUUAUAGCAUUUGUACAAGACUAACAAUUUACCACA